AUGGAUUUCUUUGCCAAAGCUUACACUGACGAGCCUCAAUCGAUCAUUCAACACAAGGACUCGUCAAAGUACUCGACUCACUGCGCCGGUCAAGGCUACGGAUGUGAGUCCAACUCCCACCUUCGUCGAGCCUCCUCUGGUCUCGAGGCCGACCUCGGACAGAAGCACUUUCAUGGAUUCGGAUUCUCCCACCAUCCAGCCCAAGACCACAACGCCGUCGGCUCACCCUUGAUCAAGAACAGUCAUCAAGGAAACGAGCGCCACAACAUUUCCGUCAACACCCGCGCUGCUGUAGCUUCCCAUGGCGCCAAUGCAGUCGAUGUGGGCAGCACCGACCCAACGUCGCCUCACAAUCGCACCUCGGUCUCGAACCCUUGUUUGCUCCACCACACCAACUCGCACGGAUCUGGCUCUGUUCGACCACCUAUCAUGCCCCGCACCAUGAGCUCGCCCCACACGGACCAUGACUUUGCUCACCCCGAGAAUCAAGCCAGCAAACAGGAUCGCCCCCAGUUUGGCCAUGGUCGGUCGUUCUCUGCUGGUAAUCAACCCACCAUUGUCGAGAACCACCCCAGCGCUUACUUCUAA